UGCGCAGUUCUACCAACAACACGGAAAAUUUAGGCGCUUGCCGGUCGUGAUUGAGAAGUUCACCACAGUCAGAGCACCACUGGUCACCUCACUCUAGCAACUUUUAAUCUUUAAAACUUCCCGCCGCACAUUUCUUAUCACAUCACAACGCAGUUAUGUCUGAUUCAGCCGCUCAACUGAAGAGAGAGGGAACCAUGGCUGUCACAGCACAGGAAGGGAAGGAGUUUCUCGAAGCUCAGGGGAUGACUGUCACAGAUGAUGAUGUUAAGACUCGUGCCCAGAAAGAAGCACUGGAGCAGAUAACAUCAGAGACUAAUGGAGACACCAACAACACUGAGCAAGAGACUGCUAAUGGCGACGAUCAGCCGACCGAUGAAGCUAGUGAGAAGCCUAAACUUGCACGUGAUUCUACCAUGGCUGUGACUGCUAAUGAGGGGGCCCAGCUUCUUGGCGGAGAGGAACUGGAGAAGACACGUGGUCAGACUGCUGCAGCUGCUGCUGCUACUAAAGAAGAUGAAGGUGAAGAGAGUGAUGCUGCUAAGCUUAAGAGAACAACUACCAUGGCUCAAACUACUGAGGACAGUCAGCAUAUACUAGGUAACGAGGAGUAUGGGAAGACACGCUCACAGACUCGUAAAUUCUCUGAAAGUGAAGAGAAGAAGCCUGCUGUGAAGCGCACUAGCACUAUGGCACAGACAGCAAAAGAAGGUGAGGAGUUUCUGGCAAGGGAGAACAAGCGUGCUAAAGGUGAAGAAGAUGGUGCCCAGGAGGAAGGCGGAGAUGAGGAACAGAAGGAAGUUGCUGCCGAAGACUAGCUGUUCCUAUCAAAAGCAUUUUGGCACAAGCACAACUCAAGUCAUUUUAUUUUCCUUUGUCUUAGGUCCUUUUUACAUGUAAAUAAUAUAAGUCACUUUCAUAAAUGAGACACACACAAGCUGGACUUUUAGUUUAUUAUUUAACAUUUUUUUCUAUGUAACUUCUUUUAAGAAAGUCAAAAUAAUGAA